AGGCGCUCUCCCUCGGCCCACUUCCGGCGCGGCGCGCAGCGAGCGUGUGUGAGUGCGGCGUGCGGACCUGGUCGCCCUGCGUCGGUGCGCGAGCCCCUCCGCCUUCACUGCUUUCCCGCUGGCGUCCCACAGACCAUGGCCGCCCGAGUGCUCGUCGUGGGCAGCGGGGGCCGAGAGCACACCCUGGCCUGGAGCCUGGCGCGGUCUCCCCACGUCAGACAGGUGUUGGUCGCCCCCGGAAAUGCAGGCACUGCCGGCUCCGAGAAGAUUUCAAACGCCGCCAUCUCCAUCAGCGACCACAGUGCCCUCGCUCAGUUCUGCAAAGAUGAGAACAUUGAAUUCGUCGUUGUUGGACCAGAGGCACCUCUGGCUGCUGGGAUGGUCGGGGACCUGGCGGCGGCAGGCGUGCGGUGCUUUGGCCCCACAGCACAAGCGGCUCAGCUAGAGUCCAGCAAAAGGUUCGCCAAGGAGUUCAUGGACCGGCACGGCAUCCCAACCGCCCGGUGGAGGGCCUUCACCGAGCUGGAGGAGGCCCGCAGCUUCAUCCUGAGCGCAGACUUCCCUGCUCUGGUCGUGAAGGCCAGCGGCCUGGCCGCCGGGAAGGGGGUGAUCGUGGCAGCGAGCAGAGAAGAGGCUUGCAGAGCCGUGCAGGACAUCAUGCAGGAUAAAGCCUUUGGAGCGGCGGGAGAAACGGUUGUCAUUGAAGAGCUGCUGGAAGGAGAAGAGGUUUCUUGUCUGUGCUUCACCGACGGGCGGACCGUGGCUCCCAUGCCCCCGGCGCAGGACCACAAGCGGCUGCUGGAGGGAGACCGAGGCCCCAACACAGGGGGCAUGGGGGCUUGCUGCCCCGCCCCACAGGUCUCUAAGGAUUUGCUGCUGAAGAUUAAAAAUGCCAUCCUUCAGCGGACAGUGGACGGCAUGCAGCAGGAGGGCACGCCGUACACAGGUGUUCUCUACGCGGGCGUGAUGCUGACCAGGGAUGGCCCAAAGGUUCUGGAGUUUAACUGCCGUUUCGGGGACCCAGAGUGCCAGGUGAUCCUCCCGCUUCUUAAGAGCGAUCUCUACGAGGUGAUUCAGUCCACCCUCGAUGGCCUGCUCUGCGCAGCUCCGCCCGUUUGGCUUGAAAACCAGGCGGCUGUCACCGUCGUCAUGGCAAGUCAGGGGUAUCCUGGAGACUACACCAAGGGCGUAGAGAUAACAGGCGUCGCCAAGGCCCAGGCUUUGGGGCUAGAGGUGUUCCAGGCAGGCACAGCCCUGAAAGACGGCAAAGUGGUGACCAGCGGAGGGCGAGUCCUCACGGUGACCGCCAUCCGGGACACAGUCGUCGCAGCCCUCGAAGCAGCCAAGCAAGGACUGGCUGCUAUAAAGUUUGAGGGCGCCGUCUACAGGACCGACAUUGGCGGCCGCGCCAUAGCGUUCCUGCAGCAGCCCAGGGGCCUGACGUACAAGGACUCGGGGGUCGACAUUGCAGCUGGAAAUCUGCUGGUCAAGCACAUUAAGCCUCUAGCCAAAGCCACCUCCAGACCAGGCUGUGAUGUGGAUCUGGGAGGUUUUGCUGGUCUUUUUGACCUGAAAGCAGCAGGGUACAGAGACCCUCUCCUGGUCAGCGGAACAGAUGGCGUCGGCACGAAACUGAAGAUUGCCCAGCAGUGCGAGCAGCACGGCACCAUCGGCCAGGACUUGGUUGCGAUGUGCGUGAACGAUAUCCUGGCCCAGGGCGCAGAGCCCCUCUUCUUCCUCGACUACUUUUCCUGUGGGAACCUCGACGUGGGCACCGCUGCAGCCGUUGUCGCUGGCAUCGCCGAAGCGUGCAGGAAAGCUGGGUGCGCCCUCCUCGGGGGGGAAACGGCGGAAAUGCCGGGCAUGUACGCCCCCGGGGAGUACGACCUGGCCGGCUUCGCCGUGGGCGCGGUGGAGCGCGACCAGCAGCUCCCUCGCCUGGAAAGCAUCGCUGAGGGGGAUGUUGUGAUCGGAGUGGCGUCGUCUGGUCUCCACAGCAACGGGUUCAGCCUUGUGAGGAAGAUAGUAGCGAAGUCCUCCCUCCAGUACUCCUCCCCGGCGCCCCCCGGCUGCGGCCACCAGGCCUUAGGAGACUUACUUCUGACUCCGACCAGAAUCUACAGCCACUCCCUGCUACCUGUGUUGCGUUCAGGCCACGUCAAGGCCUUUGCCCACAUCACCGGCGGCGGGCUGCUGGAGAACAUCCCGCGGGUCCUCCCUCCGAGCUGCGGGGCAGAGCUAGAUGCCCAGGCCUGGAGGGUGCCCGCCAUCUUCUCGUGGCUGCAGCGCGAAGGAUGCCUGUCGGCCGAGGAGAUGGCCAGGACCUUUAACUGCGGGCUCGGCGCUGCCCUGGUGGUGUCGCCGGACCUGGCGGAGCAGGUGCUGAGGGACGUUCGGCAGCACCAGGAGGAGGCCUGGCUGGUCGGCCGGGUGGUGGCCCGCCCUGAAGGUUCCCCCCGAGUGAGAGUCCGGCACCUGCUGGACGCCCUGCAGCCGAGUGGGCCCGCGCUGCACAACGGCCCUGCGCCCGGUCCCCUCUCAGCCCCGGAGAAGGCCAGGGUGGCCGUCCUCAUCUCCGGGACAGGCUCGAACCUGCAGGCGCUGAUAGACAGCACCCGGGAGCCGAGCAGCGCCGCCCACAUCGUCCUGGUCAUCUCCAACAAGGCCGCGGUGGCCGGGUUGGACCGAGCAGCCCGUGCGGGCAUUCCCACCAGGGUGCUUAAUCACAAGCUAUAUAAAAGCCGUGUCGAAUUUGACGAGGCCAUUGACCAGAUUCUUGCAGAGUUCUCCGUGGACAUCGUCUGUCUGGCAGGGUUCAUGAGGAUAUUGUCCGGCCCCUUCGUCAGGAAGUGGAAUGGGAGAAUGCUCAACAUCCACCCGUCCCUGCUGCCGGCCUUCAAGGGCGCCAAUGCCCACGAGCAGGCCCUGGCCACCGGCGUCGCGCUGACAGGGUGCACCGUGCACUUCGUCGCUGAGGACGUGGAUGCCGGGCGGAUUAUCUUACAGGAAGCUGUGCCGGUGAAGAGGGGCGACACCGUGGCCACCCUGUCCGAGAGGGUGAAGGUGGCGGAGCACAGGAUCUUCCCCGCCGCCUUGCAACUGGUGGCCAGCGGCGCCGUGCGGCUGGGCGAGGACGGCCGGCUCCGCUGGGCCCAGGAGGAGUGACACCGCCUCCGGAGGAGGGCAGCCGCUCCCACAAACGGUCCCGUGGUUUUAUCACGUCUCACCCAGAAGCUCACCGUUUCCUUCUGGCCGUUUUUUAACAGACCGACUCGUUACAGGCAGGCUGGUGGCACCCCGGGACAUGGAUGUGCUGCCUCCGGGGUCUGCAGGGUCACCUGUCACGGCCUUGUUCGGGAUUCAGCUGGCCCUUCAGAAUUCCUUCUACCCCACCAAGCUCUUCUUCCCUCCUCUUCUGGCCAACGUCACCUCGGAGGCUCCUGGGCCCGGCCAACGGCUACCCCCUCUCCUCAGCGGACCCGGGGCACAGAGGCUCGGCCAUCCGCACUCCGUCCCUCGCUCAGGAGCUGUCGGCCCUCAGGGUCUGGAGCGUCACUGGAUGUUAAGCUAAACUCUGGCCUGUGACGUUCACAGAGGAACAAUCUCAUGCUUUAAAGGCAGAGGCCAUGCCGAGAGGUACGUUAGACCAACGUAAGCUUCAGACCUCGGAGGUAAACUCCCAGCUCGCUCUGACGUGGCCGCCCCUACAGGGACCCUGGCUCCGGGGGCACCGCCAGUUCACGUCUUGGAACUGGAAGAACCAAAAUGCGUGUGAACAUGGGAUUGUCAGGAACCGGACACACACCUGGGACGAGCAGGGGCGCUGGGACAAGCAGCAGCCGGCCGGGCAGCCCCGCCUGUGAUGAGCAUUAUGUGGACAUGUGAAUGUGUUCAUCAUGGUACAUACGGAGAACAGUCCUUUAAGCUAUGACAGAGCCAUAACCAAGCGAUAAAAACAGGUCAACGUUUUACUGGCGUAAUAAACACGGACAUUUUA